AUGUCUUCAACUAGAUCCAACGCCCGUUUAAUCCGAUUUGGGAUCUUUGCUUUGGUGUUGAUUGGAUGUGGGUUUAUACUCACCAAAGGUACAUCAUUCCAACCAUCAUUGCCAGUAAAACUACAACAAUCACUGUCACAACAGUUUAACAAACAAGUGCCUUCCUCGCAGCAGAAAGGCGGUGCUUCUGGUUCUACACAGAAUAUUGAGCUUCCCUAUACUCCUAAAGAAAUGGGCCCAUUAGCUAAAGCCCAUAUUGGAGGUGACGGCUCACCAGAAUACAUUCCUCAAAACAACAUCAAUCCAGCUACUUACUCCCCUGAAAUGGACAAGGUUAAAGCUACAUUUGUCUCAUUGGCACGUAACCGAGACUUGUACUCGUUAUUGGAUUCUAUCAGACAAGUGGAGGACCGAUUCAACAAAAAGUAUCACUACGAUUGGGUUUUCCUUAAUGAAGUUGAGUUUAGUGAUGAAUUCAAAACCACAGUUUCUGAAGCGGUUAGUGGUGUUGCCAAGUUUGGAUUAAUCCCCAAAGAACAUUGGUCAUACCCCGAUUGGAUUGAUCAAGAAAAAGCAGCAUUGGUUAGAGAACAAAUGAGGGAGAAAAAAAUCAUUUAUGGUCAUUCUGAAUCUUAUAGACACAUGUGUCGUUUUGAGUCGGGUUUCUUUUGGAGACAGGAUGUGUUGAAAGAUUAUGAAUAUUAUUGGAGAGUUGAACCAGAUAUCAAAAUCUUUUGUGAUAUCGAUUAUGAUGUUUUCAAAUGGAUGAAGGAUAAUGACAAGAGCUAUAGCUUUACCGUUUCUUUACCAGAGUAUAAGGAAACCAUCCCCACACUAUGGGAAACCACCAAGCAAUUUAUUGAAAAACACCCCAAUUACUUGGCCCAAAACAAUUUAAUGGAUUGGUUGAGUGAUGACAAGGGCAAUACUUACAAUGGAUGUCACUUUUGGUCUAAUUUUGAAAUUGCUCGUUUAGACUUCUGGAGAAGUGAAGCAUACAAGCAAUAUUUUGAACAUUUGGAUAAAGCCGGUGGGUUUUUUUAUGAACGAUGGGGUGAUGCACCAGUACACUCAAUUGCCGCAGCAUUGUUUUUACCUAGAGAAAAGAUUCAUUUCUUUGAAGAUUUGGGAUAUUUUCAUGUUCCAUUCAAUAAUUGUCCUGUUGAUCAAAGAGUUAGAGCUGAACGUAAUUGUAUCUGUGAUCCAAAUAAAGAUUUCACUUGGAGAGGUUAUUCUUGUGUGGGCAAGUAUUAUAAUGUCAAUAAUUUCAAAAGACAAAAGAAUUGGGAACAGUUUACUGCCUAG